AUGACGUUCCCCAACUCAUUCAAGUCAGGCCCUCUGGGCAUCGUGGAUACUCGCAUCUCGAUGGAUGAGAUGAAAGACUCGAAUAUGGAUAUUGCCUCUCUACCUGAUUUUGCACCUCUCACUGGGCUUGAUGGAUCCGACGAAACACAGCCAGGAAGUCAGACCGAAGCAGAAGCAAGCUCAAACCGAGCGUAUCGAUUACUCGACUAUCGCAAGUCAUUCCUUGAUGUCAGUUCCAGCCGCAAAGACCCUCGACUUAAGCUGAAUGUCCCUCGACUGGAGUUGGACGUUGCUGCGGACAAGUAUCAUACACUUGACGGCCUCAUCGAGCCCUUGAACCCGCAAAAUACGCCUGCUUCCGACAGUGGAGGAAGCGUCAAGGAGUCUUCUGAGAUGCUCCGUUGUCACAAGACCAGCAACGCACGAACGGGCACGGAAUCUCAAAGCGAGGAAUUCAACUACGAUUGCUUUCACGAUUCACCAGAAGCGAGCUGUGAUCUUCAAACCGCUGAAAGCCAGUGGCCGGGGUCUCUCAACCUGCUACGCUUCUCCACUCGCCGUUCGCAAUCUUUCGACCUUCCGGCCCCUGGACGGGCCAAUCAUCCGCCUACCACUGACCCCUGUAUGCUGAAGGAACCUGACAACCAGGACUCACGAUUGCGAUCCGUUCGUUUUGCUCCUCCUGUUGCCACCCCAAUUCCACCAUCUAGUGCGAUGAACCGCCAUCUACUUCCGGAUGGGGAUAUACAAGGUGAUGCUGCUUCGAAGCGGCGUCAGAAACAAUCCCUCAACUUGCUGUCCGGCGGGCCCAACUUUCCCAGAUGCACGUGCGCCGACUUUGGCCACACCCCUGAUCAUGAUGAGAAGUGCAGGUCCUCUUUCACUCGGCAGGAUCGUGAAGGUCAAUUCCGGAAUUACAUGGAAUUCCAGUUCAGACCUUGCCAAUGCGUGUGCAAUAGAACACCCCACACCCUACGGGAUCAUGCCGUGUCCGAGUUGCCCGAUUGUGAAGUAUACCACGGUGUGAGCCGUGAUUCUCCGAUAGUAGGAGCUGAUAAUGUGACCGACACUCUUCUUACGAAUGACUCGGACGUUGCGAAGGAUGCCAAGCGCCUCCCUGAUUUUGUUCUCAUCUCACUUUCGCUCCACAGAGUUCGACGUGUGCCUGAUUCGCCCCUCGGCAGCGGAUCAACGUACGAUCUCAGGCUUCGAAUCGUUCAAAUAUUCCCCCAAGUGUGUUCUCGGAAGUUGAGCCUUUUAUUCGAUUACAUACCUCGCCACACAGUUGUUGAUAACUUGCUUUUCAACAUCUGCUUCGUCAUUCCUGGGUUGGUCGUACUGUUGUACACCACUUUCAUCAUCUUUGCAGCAUCACCCUGGGCCAAUACCAGCGCCGGUGCCGUACUACUUCGAUUUGGAAAGGCAUUACUACGUCUGUGGAAGAAGAUCGUCAAUCGUGUGUUUGCUAAACUCGGCGUGUCUUUCGGCUUCCAGUGCACUUCGGAAAUCAACAAUUUGGAAUGA